CCUCGAGCAGGGGCUUUUUUUCGGUCCGGUUCAACCUAGAUAUUGCGUAGUUUUGUAUCCGGGUUGGCCUACUUAGCUGGGGGGGUUUUCUUGUGCCGGAACGGUUGUUUUAUAGUUGGUUGGUUGGAAAAGGCAGCGGUAGUUUGAGCAGUUGGACAUUUAUCUUGAGUCGGGAUAGGGAGAACGUUUGCACACACAGGAGACAGCAAUCGACAAGCUUCACAGACAACUACCAAAGGACACAGCUGUGCAGAAAAACAAACGAAAAAAAUAAAUAAUUAAGAGUCAUCUAUUGUUCGAAAUCAGAAUUCCUGUGACGUCAGUGAUUUUAGUUGAACGUCAGUUUUUGUGCGAAGUUAUAUCUUGCAAAUUUAAUAUUUUGAGCUUCGUCAACUCUUGUGUGGAAUCGACUCUCGCCCGCGAAACUUCAACUCUUGAUUUCAAGUCGUCGCCUGUUAUACUGUCAGAAGUGCGGACGUCAGAUCUGAAGGGUUUUGCAACGCCUGCUCGUGUGUGACGUUAGUUCUGGAAUAAAAUCGACGCUCGUCUCUGAAGUCGUUUGCAAAGUCAACCAUGAUGUUUUCAGAAUGUAUCAAGAAGAAGAGAUGGGUGGUCCUCGCUGUGCUGUUUGGGAUGUCCUUUAUUGCCGUCUCUUCCUACCUGGCUUACCGAGAGCUCUACAAAGAGAAGGAGAAAAAUCUCAUUGUAGCCGUGUACGGGGCAUUUUUCCGCACUCCCGAAGAAAUUAAAAAACUGGAGGAGUUUCAUAGCAAGGAGGACAAGGUGCCCGAGUCACAGGAGGAGGCAGUGAAAAGUUGUAGCUUUACUUGUAAAGCGACAACGAUUCCUUCACCCACACCAUCGCUAGCUACACCAGCCGCCUAUGUACAACGACAACAUGCAGACUAUGGCAACCAAAACAGCAGUGACCUCAUCACGGAUGAAUAUGACAACUUUACGUUGUCCGAAGUAGGGCUGGUGGCUGGUGUGAGGGAGAAAGUGCAGGAGAUUCCCCAUGGCUGCUGUUUGUCACGUCGUGUGUACAGAAGUCCAGACACUCUGGAGGACCAAGAUGGGCAGGAACGUCGUUUGGUACACCUGUCACACGCCCGUCAGUAUUUUGCUCAGGAUGAAUGCAGACAGGCGAGGGGCUGCAGUGGCUGUGAAUGCCGACAGACGUGGACUUAUCAUGUGGCCCUGGUCUGGAAAGAAGGUGACCACUCGGGCAACACUGAGGACUCCUGGGACAACUAUGAGCUGCAGAUGGUUAAAGCUCGUGGCUGCUGCAAAUGUUUUAAUAGUCGUAGCUCAUAAAGACAGCUUUCACGUUCGGUGAACAUUUUCAUACUGAUAGAAUAUGGAAAUAGUUUUGGACUGUAGUGAGUACAGGUAUUUUGAUGCUGGUGUCAGAAAAAGUUCCAAGCUAUGGUAAAUAUUUUGAUACUGUUAGCACAGAGAUAAACUUUCCAGCUACAGCAAUUAAUGCUUCACUGAUCGUGCGUAGCACAUGACAUGGAGAACGCUUCAAGCUACAGAAAAUGAUUUGAAGAUGGUAGCAUAAAGAGAGCUUCUAGUUACAGUAACUGUUUUUAUAAUGGUAGCUCACAGAGAAAGCUUCCAGCUACAGUAGCUUUAAUGACGGUAGCACGUUGAGAAAGCUUUCAGCUACAGUGCAAUGCUUUAAUCAGAGUACAUAUAGUGCACACAUAUGUUUGACAGCUACAGAAAUACUUGAUAAACAGUAGCACAUAGAGAUCAUUUUUUUUUAAAUUCAGCCCUACACAAAGAUGACUGCUAGCUGCAGUAAAAUAUGCAUAAUGACCGUAGGGCGCAGAGAAGUCUUUCAGCUCUAUAUAGCAAUAUCUCCCAGCCUCUUUAAUUAAAUGCUUUUAGUUUAAAGAGGCAGCUCCCAACUUAAGCAAAUGCCUUAACUAAAGACUAGAACACAGACGUAGUUCCCCAGUACUGUGAAUGGUGUAAUACCAAGAAACCAACCACCCCCUGCUAGUGUAAAUUCUGUAAAUACGGAAGUACACAGAGCUAGCUAUUUAUGGUUACUGUAAAUUAAUGGUUUACUGACGACAGCAGAUCAGAGAUAGCUCACAGCCAAUUUUUAUGCUUCAAUGAGGGCAGAACACAUUGUUAGCGUCUUAUGUAAAGUGAAAUGAGUAAAGUCAUGGAUUUGCCUAGCAACUAAAAACAUAACUAUUCCUCUGGGAUGUUCACUUGGAAUUUUUUUAAACCAACAAAGUAGAGAUUUUCUGAAACUUAAAAAAAAAUUUUUUAGUUCAAGUCCUUGACAGUAAGUAAACCCAUAGCACAAAUAUUUUUAUUAUCAUCAAUGAAAAUUCUCAUACUGAUUAUACAGCAGUCUCCCUCUUACAUCUCCCUCUCCGUGUUCGAAAAUUAUGGAAGUCAUAAAAAGAUUCCGAAGAUUAUAAGCUGCGAACUAAAUCAUUUUUAACAUGCACCAAAUCACGUGUGCACUGAAAAUGUAAAACCAGCCAGCCAGCUAUAUAAUAAAUGACUUCUCCACCCUUCACGUCCUGGGUACAGACCAUCUAGACUCUAAAGAUAUAGCGGGCAACAAUUCAUUUCUGAAGUAAAAAAAUCAUUAGCGACAUAUUGUCAUUUAAAAAGGCAAUCUUUAAUUUUUGACUAGAUCUAGUAUUAUUUGUAUUUUUACACUUUAUCAGCUCAAUUAGACCGACAGCAUAUUACUCCAUGACGAGAAGGACAUUAGAUCUAUUUAAUCUUGUUUAUAUUUUAUUAUGUUACGAUUGAUGUGGGGUACAUGUAUAUCAAUAUCAACGUUUUUACAAAUACAGUGUGUCAGUGAGUUGACCUAUUGCAGAAAGAUGAAAA